UUGGAACCGCUGUGAAUGUCACUUCGAUUUCGCGGAUAUGGUGGUCCCUUGUGCUCAAAUGGGCUCGGAUUCAUCUCCGUGGUACAUGCAACGGGGGGUAAUGUGGGAGCAGGGAAAAACUUUGAGCUCCCUGUGGUGGAAGUAUCGACCAUUCUAAUUGAAGGUUUUACAAUGUUGGCUGGCAAAGUUAAUCUGCAACCGCACAAGGUUUAUAGUCUUUUGGAAGUUGGAGUUCUAACACAAAGCUUGUCACAGCCUGUAACCUGUGGCGGAUUUUUCAAUAUGGAGCAAGUGGUACCUCCUUUGAUGAAUUCGAAACCAUGCAACAAGUGUAGGAUUAAUGCUGAGUUGCACGAAAGUUCAGAUCAGUGUGUGCUGCAAGUGCCAUUGCUGUUGGAAGGUCACCUAGAGCUCCACGACGAGUGGCAAGCCCAGAAGCUGUCAACAAUGGGGGAAUCCUAUCGAAUUGGUGGCGCAUCAUAUGACAGGGUGCUUCGAAUGGCCGGAGCCGAGUUGAUUGCGGUGUUUCUCGUUAUGUUUAGUUCAUGUGGUACUGCGAUCGCCAACAAAAAAGCCAACGGGAACCUAAAUUUGCUAGGAUUCGCGACCGCCGGUGGGUUGUCUGUGAUGAUGAUGGUGUUCGCGGUUGGCAACAUAUCGGGAGCUCAUCUGAAUCCGGCCGUCACUCUCGCUUUCGCGUCCAAGAAGAUGUUCCCAUUACAGCUUGUUCCGAUUUACCUGAUUGCACAAUUUCUAGGAGCUUUACUCGCAGCAGGCAUUCUACAAGCGGUAACUGGGGAUACUGAAGUAGCUCUGACAGUUCCAUUUGCGAGCUAUGCACAAGCAUUCGUAGUUGAACUAAUCCUAGGAUUCAACCUCCUGUUCGUUGCGACGGCGGUGUCCACUGGUUCCAGUAAUAAUGGCGAGCUAUCAGGAAUUGCAAUAGGGGCGACUAUCAUCCUCAACGUCUUGCUUGCAGGGCCUGUAUCCGGAGCUUCAAUGAAUCCAAUGCGAAGCUUGGGACCAGCAAUAGUGGCCAACAAGUAUGACGCCAUUUGGAUCUACAUAAUUGCGCCGCCUGUGGGCGCUCUCGCCGGAACCUGGACACACACCAUGCUCCAAAUCCAAAGCUCCCAAUCCUCUCACCCCCCAACGCAGGAAUCAAAAGCGCAUCAAUGUAGCUCAACGUCGACCUAAACCACUGAUUGCACACCCAUAGUCCUGGAACUGGAUUCAUAAGCAUUCAAUCUGCAAGAUCUGAUAAAUAGGCAGCGUUGAGCCCAUUAGCACCUAGAAAUCAAAGCUUCACCUGAAAGUUGAUAGUGUUGUUUGUAACGCAGUGUUGAUUCGGAAGAUAACUGCUCAUGUUUUCGAAUCAUGUCUUAGAUCGUGGCAGCUACGUGUACAAUCAGCUAGCAUGACUCAAGUCUUAGCAAUGAUCAAGCCAUUGUCUUCAAAUCCUCUUAAGAUUGAAUGCUGGCACUUGCACAGCAUGCAACAGAUCAAAGAAUUCUCAAAGACAAAUGCUUUCAUACCUUUUUAAAGAUCAGGUUGAAAUGUA